AUGCAAAUAACUGCACAACACACCCCUGUCCUCAAGAGUAAUGGAUCUGUCUCCUUCAAAUACAAUGGAACCGUAGUCAGAAGUUACGGGACAAAUCUGGAGAAGUAUCAGCCCGACUGUAACCGGACAUCUGGGAUGAAGAAGCCGGGGAGAGAGCAGCCGGACACCAGGAGUUCCAGUCAGGAGAGACAUGGAGGUUUAAGGAAAAAACUCCUGAAAGAAACCAGCAGAUCAAUUUAUUCAGUCCCUCUCCAGCUCAGAAAAAGUUCAAUCAGAGGCCUAUCAGAUGACCAAAGUGUUUCAGUGUGUUCUCAGUGUUCCCCCGGUGACGCUAGCCCUGCGAGUCGACUCACACCAUGUUCAGGAAGCACUGGCUGCACCACAGGCUUCUCCACCGAACACAGCUCCAUCUACUCAUGGAGAUACGAUGAGUUUGACAGAGAGAACACUCAACAUGUACGGAAGCUCUUUAGUGCUCUAGAUGAACUGCUGUAUGAAGGGAAGAUGAGCAGUAAAUCAGAGACCCUGCAUAAGGAAUGUGAGGAGUGGAACAAUCACUCACCCCACCUCAGGAUUUUAGGGAAUCAGCUGGAGCCUCCAAAGCAGGAGGGCAUUCAGUAUGUGCACAGGAGACCUACUAGUGAAAGGACUGUUUUACCUUAUUCUUUUCUGGAGACAAAAGACAACAACCAUAGCAAGCUGUGUGUGGAGGGCCACAGAUUGGCCCCGGGUCCCUGCUCUUUCCCGUCGGUUGACUCCCGGCUGUCUGUUUCCGAGUUUCCAUUCUCUACAAUUAUACAAGCUGAGGAGAUCUAUAAGGCUGAGGGCAAGAUAGAAGAGUUCCUAGCUUAUGAUGGGAAAGAAACAGAUGCUGAGGUGACGGAUCAGGGGAAAACGUCAAUCACAGUCUCCUUGGAUGGUGUCCCACCUGUGUCCCCUUACGCCUGCAUUCGUGAUACUGUUUCCGAUGAGCUGUUUGAUGACAUAUGGCAGGAAGUAGUGGGUCAACUGCAAGAGCUGUUGAGAAAGCACUGGGAGAAGCAGCACUCAGUUGGAGCGACACAGAGAUGGACGCUUGAGAGCUCAACUCAAGUCCUGUGUGAGCCUUUAUCUUGCAUCGCUUCAAAAGGCAAUCAGGUCUUCACUAGCAGAGGUCCUAAUACCAGAAGUGUCUUCCUAUGGCCAAACAUCAAUAACGGACAGGACUUGAACGUCUUGAAGAUUAAUUUAAAAGGUGUUAUGACAAUCCAAACAAAGCCUCUGCAGCAGAGACAGCAGGGAUUCACUGAAAGGUCUUUGUGUGACUCAGAUGAUGGGAGCAGCACAUUGACUUGUUUAAGGGCCCCUCAAGGGAUGAGUGUGCCAUUACACAAACCUGCAGGCCAGCGGAUUCUCCCCAGGCUCAGUAGCAGAGCUUGGCCACGUCACAGCUUUCCAGCUCAGAAUACUCUGCGUGGAACCAAACUAUCCACCGUGGCUGAGGAUCUGUUUUCCAAAACAGUGAGUGCAGUUCCGAACCACAGACUUCCUGUUAUCCAUACAGAAUCUGCAGAACAGUACUCUAGCACUCCUGCGUCCAGACAUACACAGUCCAGAGGAAGGAUCAUAAGAGGUGGAGUGGCUGGGGCUGCAAAUAUAGUGUCCAGUCUUUCACCCCUGAGAGAACCCACUCUUCUGCUGGAGUCGCUGUCUCGCCCGAACACCAACCACACCUACAGAUCUGACACUCCUAUGAAGAGUUCCUUCACGCCUGUGGAUUUUGCCCUCAGUAUGAGAAAUGGAAGAAAUGUGCUUGCUGGCAACCUUACCAGAACAGGUGAUGGCGCACCUAUGGGGGUAACAGGCUACAGCAUGGCCAUCACAUCUUCUGCAUCGAAUGGCUGUUCCGAUAGUGCUACACUACCAAAGAAAUGCACAAACCUCCUGACCUCCACUAAUAAAGAAGGAGGAAAUUCAGCUCUACUUGCGUCAAUUGGUGCUCGAAGGACAUUAAGUCGGUUUCCAAUACACGGGAGAAGGAAGUUCCAAGUGGUGAUGCCACAGCAUACCUGA